AUGACCUCCACCCGAGCUGCCGGUUCAGGCGUGAAGGGACGAGGCCUGGCUAAAGAUGACAGCCUUCGCAUCGCCAUCACCCAGCGCACCGCAGGCCGUGCCCACCAACCCGCCGUCGCCGUCUCCGCCGCCAGCGAGGACGACGAUGACGACGACGAUGACGACGAUGAUGAGGAUUCCUCCGAGAGCGACUCAGAGGACGAUUCGGAGGAACGCGGGGCUCCGCUGGAGGGUGACUACAACCUAGCAGAUUAUGACUACCUGCCAGUAUCUGCUGAAAUUAAAGAACUGUUUGAAUACAUAAGGAGGUACACUCCGAAAACAAUAGAGAUUGAGCACAAACUGCAGCCUUUUAUUCCAGACUUCAUUCCUGCUGUUGGAGACAUUGAUGCCUUCCUAAAGGUCCCACGCCCAGAUGGCAAGCCUGAUAACCUCGGUCUGCUGGUCUUAGAUGAGCCAUCAACGAAGCAGUCAGAUCCCACAGUACUCUCUCUUUGGCUAACGGAGAAUUCCAAACAGCACAACAUUACACAGCAGAUAAAAGUGAAAAGUGUGGAGAAUGCAGAGAAGAACCCCAAAGUCAUUGACAACUGGAUUGAAAGUAUCAGUGAACUACACCGCUGCAAACCUCCUGCCACUGUCCACUACAGCCGGCCCAUGCCUGACAUAGAAACCCUCAUGCAGGAGUGGUCACCGGAAUUUGAGGAGCUUUUGGGAAAGGUGGGCCUCCCAACUGCAGAAAUGAAUUGUGACCUGGCUGAAUACGUUGACAUGAUAUGUGCCAUUCUGGACAUCCCUGUGUACAAGAGUUGGAUCCAGCCUCUGCACGUCCUUUUCUCACUCUACUCAGAGUUCAAGAACUCCCAGCAUUUCAAGCCUCUGGCAGAAGGGAAGAAGGCCAGGAGCCCUCCAUCCAACACACUUCCACAGUCAGCAGAAGCAGAAGUAUUAAGCUUUACUUGAAGCUUCACUUUAAAACCUCAUCUCUCAGAUCGACGUCUGCUGCUGGACAUAGAUAUUCGACCAAAGCAACCUGUGAAGCAACACAGCAUUUCAAAAGCCUCCCUUAGAUAGAUACUGAUGAGUUAUUCUCCAUUUGUAAGCAGAGUUGUACUUUUCACAUUUAUAGCAGACGCUGCCUAAUAGCUACAUUUUGACUCAUCCCCAGGGAAUAAAGCAUUAAACUCACUUUUCCAAAUGACAGACUCCAUGUGGCACAGAUGCUGCAGAGCAGAAGCUCACAGAGUGUAUGCUACAGCAUGUAGGAAUAAAUUCCAUGCUCUGACACAAAACUCUCAUCUGC